AUGAAAGUGGAAGGCGGUAAAAAUUACACACUGAGGGUCGGCGGCUACGACGCCAAGGGUAGCUCUGCCUUAGAUGCCCUCACCUUCCACGACGGCAUGCAGUUCUCGACCAUCGAUCGCGAUCGUGAUCCAGACGACAGAAGCUGUUCGGGAAGGUACGGUGGCGGUGGAUGGUGGUACUGGAACUGCUACAAAGCGAACCCUACAGGCGUGUACGCCCGCGACAGACCUGCCGAAGAGAUGUGGAACGAAGGCAUUGGGCAGUUCGUGGCCUGGGGCACAUCAUACGACUCGUCUUUGUCCAACGCAAGGCACAUCACUCAACUCACGCUCAUGAUCAGACCAAAGGGUUAAUGUAACAUGUUCUUGAUCAUCUAGUACAUGAUCUGGGACAUGUAAAACAUACUAAAGGACAUAAAGGAAACUCUCGGGGACAUGUGGCACAGAUUCUAUGACAUGUUCAACUUGCUCUAGGACAUGAAGGACAUGCUCUAGGACAUAUGGGACUUGCUUUUUGAUUUCCUAGAGAGCGUUAUUUGAGAUGAAUUGGAGCUACGAGUACCGCGGGAGCUCCAGUUAAUUGAUGAACUAUAGCUGCAAGUCGUUUUUUUGGAUAAUCUUUCACGUUUGGCCCUUCCCUAAUUUUUUUAAACAAAUCUAGAGUUUAAUUCACAAAUGACACUACGCAAUGGAACGUUUCUGUGAGAAUAAUCCUUGAGAAUAGGUCAGAAUUAGCGAGGCCUUGUGAUGGGACUUGGAAUUUUCCAAUCGCGUGGAUCGUAAACCUCCGAAGAGAAUAAUAAGUGCUGGUUUGCACUCAAUUUGCCCUCUGGCUCAACCGUACCAAGUGGCUUCUCUUCGUCUAGGUCGUUCUAAAGUUUUAUACCUUAAUUCCAGCCUUAUUUCUUACUAUCCCAAGUUAUGCAAAUGCCAAUGAGCUUCAAUAACAUGAUCAAUGAUUUUCAUCCUGUUUAGUCAUGAAAUGAUGGUUCUUCUGUAUCUAGGCGGUCGGUCUACACCAAUCGACAGGUUUGUAUUAAAAUAUUAGUUAUGGAUUUCUUACAGUCUCUCCAACGCCUAUUCGUUGACAUAAUUGCAUUUAUCAUGAGAUUAUUAAGAUUUAAAUAUAAUAUAGUGGUUCGGUAUUUCAAGUUUUCAUUUUCAAUGCAUUUUAUGGAGCUAUGUAAACCUGGGGAUUAAAAGACCCAGUGGUUGUACUAUCAAGAUUAUCAAAACUCGCUUGAGUACCAGUAACGGCCUCAGUACGCGUAGCGGGAUAAGUGCACAUAGCGGCCUCAGUACGCGUAGCGGGAUAAGUGCGCAUAAGAGGCCUCAGUACGCGUAGCGGGAUAAGUGCACAUAGCGGCCUCAGUACGCGUAGCGGGAUAAGUGCACAAAGCGGCCUUGGUACACGUACCGGCCUAUUUGAUUAGUGGAUUUAGUUUGAUAAGCUGUCAGUGGUUGUCAGACGAAGUUAGGUAAAAUUUACUUCG